AUGGAAAGACAACACUAUUUCCCAAAUCCAUUUUAGUAAAGCAACGAUUAAGCCUCUUUUUUGAAUAAUCUCCUCUAUUGCAUGGGUUAAAUACCAAACCAACAAUUUUACAACUCCAAAGUAGGAGUUUAAGAGAAUAAGUAUUCUAAAAGCGAUGAAAAUACGAGCUAAACUGAUACUCAGAGCUGUAGCUCACACAAUUAGGAAUCUAAUUCAAGUCAUACUUAUAAAAGGAAAUGCCUAUUUGGUCUCAAGUGUCGUAAUCUUCCCUUUGGAACAUGCCAAUUUUACCAUCCAACUAGUUCCUAGUAAGAUUAAAGAUCUAAAACCGAAAAUGAAAAGUGCGACUACGGGAUUGCUUGUAAUGAUAAGGAAUGUAAGUUAACAAAAGAGCAUCCAGACUCAUAAAAAGGCUAUGACUCUUGUUCAGACAUUGAAUGUGAGCUAGAGUUAGUCAAUGUUCCUUGCAUUUUUGAUUAAAAGUGCCUCAGAGAUGACUGCGUAUUCGUACACUCAACAAAAUCUAAGAGAAGUCCUUAAAAGGAAAUGAUAGAGAGAAUGAAAGAUUAAGGUAUUAAACCUUCCUAGGAAAAUAUAGAUCUCUUUAAAAUAUAAGAAGAAGACAAAACAAAGGAAAAGAUAGUUUACAGAUUCACAUAGCGCAUGAAGAGUAAACUAGCCAUUCAAAAGUACCUUCAUGAGCUAAAAAGACUGUACACUAGAGAAAUUAUUUAUUUUGACUAUCAAAAGACAGACGAGAUCACAGUUGAAUACAAUAUUACAAUGAGCACCUGGAAAUAUGCUGAGAAGUAAGUCCAAGACUACUUGCUACAUAAGUUACAACUCAUUGUGAUUGAUGCAUCAUUGACUUAAGUAAGAGAUCGAUGUGAUCUUUUCAGGAAGGUGAUGAAAAAGAAAAUCGAAUAGAUAGGUAUCAUCGAUUUUUGGUUCGAUCAUCAUAUUGAUCAAUUCUCAAAAUCAAACUUAUCAAAAAAGAAUGAUCGCCAUACAAUCUCAAUCUUUGGUUUUAGAAAAGAUUCUGAAAAACUGGUGAAGCUAAGAUCAUGCUUAGAGUCCUUUUUGCUAAGUACCUUUAAAGUAGGAAACAAGUAAGACUAUGAAGAAUUGGAAAACGACUUCAUGUAUUGA